AUGGCGUUGAACUACAUUGUUUCUGCGAAGAAGGCGUCAGUUGUCACAGAUGCUGUCGUGGGCAACUUCACUGGCGAUGACGAUAUGAACUUGAUCCUCGCGAAAGUGAACCGGUUAGAAAUUGUGAAGGUCGCGUCAGAUGGAUUGAAGGGGUGGUCCAAGAAGUUCCUGUUUUCGGCAGAAUCGAAACAAUCAGGCUGUUCCGGCCCAAAAACGAGCGUUUGCGAUCGAGAGGGCCGAAAGAGAGGCUCGGGCGUGUUUGGUCAGAGGCCAAGUGACUACGGCCCGAUCGCUUGUGUGAAUAAAUCUGGCCUGAUUGCUUUGCGUAUCUAUGACGGAACGCUGAAAAUUAUACAAUGGGAAGAUAACAAAGACUUGAAGUCAUUCAAUGUUCGAUUUGAAGAUCUUGCUAUUGUGGACUUGAGCUUCACAGAAACAUCAAGUGACUCCAUUAGGCUCGCCUAUAUUUCUCAGGACUCCAAUGGUAGGCACUUGAAGACCGUUGAACUUUCCAUGGUGGAGAAGGAACUAAAAACGAUUUCAAAGCAAGAUAACAUCGAAACAGAAGCCAGGAUGGUUAUACCUGUGCCGUUGCCAUGUGGAGGUGUGAUUGUCGUCGGUCAAGAAACUAUAUUGUACAAUGGAUUUCUGUUGGCUGAUGAUCACGGUAUUUUGUAUAUGCUCGUUCUGGAUGUGGAUACCAAAAGUCCUAAUCCCAGCGUUAAGGAUUUGAAGAUCGAAUCACUUGGAGAAACUACGAUUGCGGAGUGUUUAGUCUACUUGGAUAAUGGUGUUUUGUUUAUCGGUUCACGCUUUGGUGAUUCCCAGUUGGUUCGUCUCACUUCACAGCCGAAUCCGGAGAAUAACUCAUUUGUGCAGAUUUUGCAAACUUUCACCAACCUCGCUCCGAUCAGAGAUAUAGCAGUCAUGGAGUGUGAUGGACAGAAUCAAAUCAUUACUUGUUCCGGAGCAUUUAAACUAAUAGGAGGGCUCUCUCGUAUCAUUCGGAAUGGCAUAGGUAUUGACGAAGCUGCUUCGGUAGACAUCCCAGGUGUCAAGGGUAUUUUCACUUUGAAGAUUGAUUCCAAGCUUGACAAUUAUCUCAUCAUUUCACUAAGCUCGGAAACUCACAUAUUGGCGAUGAAUGGAGAAGAAUUGGAGGAUACCCAGUUUUACUUGAUCUGGAAACAGACGAGCAUACUUUGUGGGCUGGGAUGCUCGGACUGUCACAGAUUGUUUUACAAAGUGAAAGAUUCAUUUCAGGUAACGUCUACCACCGUUUUACUAGCAAGAGAAGGGGCUAAAAAGGUUACUUGGAAACCAUCGCACAGUACUCUGAUCAACUUGGUGUCCGUAAAUCAAGGAAGCGGGCAGCUAGUAGUGGCCUGUGGCACACGCGUUUACUACCUUCAAUGUGGUGAUAUGACGAUCACCGAAGUUGCGAAUGUGACACUCCAAGAUGAGGUGGCAUGCAUAGAUAUUGGCACUAUAGAAGAGUCGCAAGAUUCUACGAUAAUCGCAGUAGGCUUCUGGAAGCAUCAUAGAAUUGCUCUGUAUUCUUUGCCGGCCUUGCUUGAGGUGACUUGCGAAAAUAUGCCUGGCGAUAUGUUACCACGUUCCAUAAUGAUGACGAAGCUCGAGAAUACGAUUUAUCUGAUGGUAGCAUUGGGAGAUGGAACACUGUACUACUACCGUGUUGAUCGCGAAAACGGUGCUUUGCUGGAAAUGAAAAAAGCAACAGUUGGAACACAGCCGCCAAGUUUGAAUCGUUUUUAUACUCGUGGUCAAAUGCAUGUGUUCGUCUGCAGUGACCGCCCGGCCCGUGAUCUCUCGUCUAAUGGGAAAUUGGUGUUUUCAAAUGUGAAUCUUCGUAUAGUUACACACGUUUGCGCUCUGAACUCGUCAUCUUACAGGAAUAGCCUUGUGAUGUCGGAUGGAGAGACCAUCGUAAUUGGAACCGUAAUAACUUCGUAUUGCAUAUAUUCGCACAGUAGCUUUAGGAGAAUCUGUGCGGCGAGUUGUUCAUCAGCCGGAGACAUCCACCAUGGCGAUCCUCAACUACACGUGGACCUUCUCCUUCAGGACUCCGAUCGAUAUUCCGUAUCGAAAAUGGCAACAGCAAAGUCAGCUAGUAAAACGACUUCUGGUCAACGGCCUUCGAUCUCCAUUGAUGCAACUGAUGGCGAUGCGCAUUCCAUUGUGACGCUUGACGAUAACACUUUCGAAUAUUUGCAUUGUCAUGAACUUGGAGCAUGUGAACAAGCUUUAAGUGUGAUUUCGACGAAACUCGGCGAUGAUCCAACGACGUAUUAUAUCGUCGGCACAGCCCUCGUCUAUAGUGAUGAAACGGAGUCGAAGAAUGGUCGUCUUCUAGUCUUCGAAUCUGGGAAGGGUUCAGAGCGAACUCAUUUGCGAUUAGUGCAUGAGAAAGAAAUACGAGGUGCACCGUUCGAUAUGGAUGUGCUCAACGGCAAACUUAUUGUGGCGAUCAACAGCUCUGUGCGGCUAUUUGAAUGGACUGCAGAGAAAGAGCUACGGUUGGAGUGCUCUCAUUUCAAUUAUAUCACCGCUCUCUUCAUCAAAGUUAAGGGUGAUCAAGUUUUGGUGGGAGAUCUUAUGCGCUCAAUGACGAUAUUGAAUUACAAGGCAGUGGAAAGCACAUUUGAAGAAGUAGCGAAAGAUUAUCGUGGAAUGUGGAUGUCAGCGGUGGAAUUCAUAGAUGCAGAAACGGCACUUGGAGCUGAAGCGGGUCAUAACUUGUUCACUUGCGAAAUUGAUAGAGGAGCAGACAAUGCUGAUGAGAAGCGCAGGCUAGCGGUCUGUUUUGGCUACUGCUUUAGUUUUACACUUGAUCUUGAGUUAUCGAGGUUGUCGAAUUAUGCAGAUAGAAGGAGGCCUUGCGUCGACCCAGGAUGA